CACCGUCUCCUCCCCACCCCACGGCCAUGGCCGCCACCCCCACACCCCUCCUCCUCCUCCUCGCCCUCCCCCUCCUCUUCGCCGCCCUCGCCGCGGCCCAGCCCCGCCCCUUCGGAGGGGUGCCGCCGGGGUACGCGCGGUACGUGUCGGACGCGACGGCGACAGCGGAGGCGGAGGAGUACGACUACAUCGUGGUGGGGGGCGGCGCGGCGGGGUGCCCGCUGGCGGCCACGCUCGCGGGGCCCGGCGGGGGCCGCGUGCUGCUGCUAGAGCGCGGCGGCGCGCCCGCCGAGUUCCCGGCGCUCGCCACGGCCGGCGGCUUCGUCAGGACGCUCGCGCUCGCCGACCCCUCGCCGGACUCCGACGCGCCCGCGCAGGCCUUCAGCUCCGAGGACGGCGUCCCCAACGUGCGCGCGCGGGUGCUCGGCGGCGGCACCGCCAUCAACGCCGGCUUCUACUCCCGCGCGCACCCCGGCUGGUUCCACGGCCACGGGGAGGGCGCCGAGGUGCCGGAUUGGGACAUGCGGCUGGUGAACUCAUCGUAUGAGUGGGUCGAGCAAGAGCUGACAUUCCAGCCGGAGGUGCACGGGUGGCAGGCGGCGGUGAGGGCCGCGCUGCUGGAAGCUAAUGUGACGCCGUGGAACGGCUUCACGGUGGAACAUGUCACUGGCACAAAGAUUGGUGCCACCACCUUCGAUGCAUCGGGACGCCGCCACAGCGCCGCGGACCUCCUUGCUUUCGCCCGCCCUGGCCGUCUCCAUGUCGCUGUCGGUGCUGCCGUUACCCGCGUCAUAAUUAACCCUAUCAAUCCUGCUGCACGCCGUGGAAGGUCACGACCAGCAGUAGCAGCAGUUGGCGUCGUGUACCAGGACCGUCUUCUCCAGCAGCACCAUGCCCUGCUGCGUCCGGGUGGGGAGGUCAUACUUUCUGCAGGUACACUUGGAAGUCCCCAGUUGCUGCUUCUCAGUGGCGUUGGCCCUGCCAACGAUCUUACGUCCCUCGGCAUCCCUGUUUCCGUGGAUGCCCCUGACGUCGGGAAGCACGUGUUCGACAACCCUCGCAACGGCAUCUCCAUCAUCCCAUCAGUCCCCAUCGACCACUCCCUCAUCCAGGUAGUCGGCAUCCCUUCUGCCAACGGCACUGCCUCCUACCUCGAGGCUGCAUCAUACAUCGUCCCCGUUUCUCCCAUGCUGCGCCCCGCCGGUCCUUUCAUCAGCCCGACUUCGCCGCUCUAUGUCACCAUGGCAACCAUCAUGGAGAAGGUCCCUGGCCCAUUGUCCGAGGGCUCACUCUGGCUAUCAUCACCCAAUCCCGUGGAGACCCCCUCAGUGCGCUUCAACUACUUCAGCCGCCCCGAGGACCUGGCGCAGUGCGUUGUCGGCGUGCGCCGCGUGGCGCAGGUGCUCCAGAGCAGGACGAUGGACAUAUUCCGUUCGGCCGUAGGAACGUCGGGCCAGGGCAGGAGAGGGCGUGGUAGGAGGGACUUCAGGAUCGUUGGGGCGACCCUGCCACUCGACUGGAGCACGAACAACACUUCUGUGGCGGAUUUCUGCAGGCGAACCGUGGCCACGCUGUGGCAUUACCAUGGAGGGUGUGUGGUUGGAAGGGUGGUUGACAAGGAUUUCCGGGUCAUGGGCACGCAGUCGCUUCGCGUGGUGGAUGGGUCGACGUUCAGUGUGACGCCCGGGACGAAUCCUCAGGCCACGGUGAUGAUGAUGGGCAGGUACAUGGGGCUGAGGAUGAUCGCGGAGCGGCACAGCAGAAGGCUAGUGAACACAUCAUCAUACAGUGAACUGCAGGAGUAACCCUCUUCCAGUGCUUGCGAACUGAUCCAACACCUGGCAGCAUUUCAGAGAUAUCCUGUGGAGUGUUGUGCAUCCGGUGCAUAACUGCUACACUUUUUUGGCUAGCGAGAUACAACGUGUAUAUAUUGUACAGUGAUAGCAUAUGCACGAGGAAGGAGAUAGCAUGACAUGCCUGGAUAUCACGAUUUUUCAUGGCGCGAAUAGCAUUGACGGUUACGAUGCUCUACGGUGAUUAGUUACUGACCAUAUACACGAGGAUACAGCUAUGCUGAGAGCCUAUUUCUAGUGGAUGUUGCCUGUACUCUUAUUUAACCUGAAUAAAGCGUUCUCCUAACAGAGGACUGCCGAAUUCAUGAC